AUGGGUUCAAGAUUCCCAUCUCAUCAGCUCAGCAAUGGCCUGUAUGUAUCAGGCCGGCCUGAGCAGCCGAAGGAAAAGACUCCGACAAUGAGCUCAGUUGCCAUGCCCUAUACUGGUGGUGACAUUAAGAAAUCAGGAGAAUUAGGGAAAAUGUUUGAUAUCCCCAUGGAAGGUUCUAAAUCUAGAAAGUCAGGUCCAAUAAAUAACGCACCUUCAAGGACAGGAUCAUUUGCAGGUGCUGCUUCACACUCUGGACCCAUCAUGCAAAACGCUGCAGCUCGUUCUGUUUAUAUUACAUCUGGUAACGUAUCUGCUGGAGGCAUGUCUGCUUCAGCCUCAAUGAAAAAGACUAACUCUGGUCCACUGAAUAAACAUGGGGAACCAGUCAAAAAGUCUUCUGGCCCUCAAUCUGGUGGAGUUACACGCCAAAACUCUGGUCCAAUUCCUCCAGUUCUUCCUACAACUGGUCUUAUCACAUCUGGCCCAUUAAAUUCGUCUGGGGCUCCAAGGAAAGUGUCCGGUCCAUUAGAUUCUACAGGAUCGAUGAAAUCACACACUUCUUUUGUAGCAAACAAUCCUGCUGUAACCACUCUCAGUCUAGAUGAUGAAUUUUCCUUCAAGAGGAACUUCCCAAAGCCGAUAUUGUGGUCCGUGAUUCUGAUUUUUGUUAUGGGAUUCAUUGCUGGUGGUUUUAUUCUUGGAGCUGUUCGCAAUGCCAUUCUCCUCAUUGUUGUCGUAGUUCUUUUUGCUGCGGUUGCUGCAUUAUUCACUUGGAAUAGUUGUUUUGGAAGGAAAGCUAUUGUUGGUUUCAUAUCCCGUUAUCCAGAUGCAGAGCUCAGAACUGCCAAGAAUGGGCAAUUUGUGAAGGUUUCUGGGGUGGUUACCUGUGGUAAUGUUCCCCUAGAGUCCUCCUUUCAAAAAGUUCCACGAUGUGUUUAUACAUCCACAAGCUUGUAUGAAUAUAGAGGAUGGGAUUCAAAAGCUGCAAACCCAAAACAUCGGCGUUUUACAUGGGGACUUAGAUCAGCUGAGAGGCAUGUGGUGGACUUUUACAUCUCUGAUUUCCAAUCCGGAUUGAGAGCAUUGGUUAAAACAGGCUAUGGUGCGAGGGUGACUCCUUAUGUUGAUGAUUCCAUUGUUAUUGAUGUUAAUCCAGGCAAUAAAGACAUGUCCCCUGAAUUUCUUCGAUGGUUGGGAGAUAGAAAACUUUCUAGCGAUGAUCGUAUAAUGCAAUUAAAAGAAGGGUACAUCAAAGAAGGUAGCACGGUUAGUGUAAUGGGAGUUGUUCAAAGAAAUGACAAUGUGCUUAUGAUUGUCCCUCCACCCGAGCCUUUGACUACCGGAUGCCAAUGGGCCAAAUGUAUAUUUCCAGCUAGCCUCGAGGGUAUUGUUUUGAGAUGUGAAGACACGUCAAAGAUUGAUGUCAUUCCAGUGUAG